AUGGCUGGACUCAGCUUCUACAGAGGGACUGCAGCAGGUGCUGCUGCAUUUGAGCUGCCAGCAGCAGCAGCAGACAGGGCCACAGCAGCAGCAGCAGCAGCUGCUGCUGUUGCUGCUCCUGGUACGACAGGAAGAGCAGUAGCGGCAGCUCCAGCAGAAGUAGCAGCGGCUGCAGCAGCAGCGGAAGCAGCAGCGGCUGCAGCAGCAGCAGAGGCAACAAGAGCAGCAGCAGCAGCAGGAGAUGAUUGUCUCUCUGAUGCUUUUUGUCUGCUCUCUUCCAACACAGCAGCAGCAGCAGCAGCACUUUCUUUGUUGCCUGCUUCACCGGGGCCCCUCUCUUGCUUUAGGGGCCCUCUAAGAGAUCUAUGGUUCUUAUGCUUCGAGUUAUACUGCUGCCGCUGCUCUCUGUCUCCACCUCAAGCGCAGCAAUUGCUGCAGACCUUCCUUGGGGCCCCCAAGGGAGAGGGGGCCCCCCUGGGGGCCCCCCUACCUCGCGCAUUAGGGGCCCCCUCCGGGUUUGCCUUUCUAUCGUAUAAGGAAGCUAGGGCCAUGGUGCUGCUGCAGGGGCCCCCCAAUCAAGACCCGUUGCAUGUUGCUGCUGCUGCAGCAGACCUACGAGGCAGCAACCUGAAUCCAAGAGAGGCUGUAGGUUUGCUGCUGCUGCUGCAGCUGCUGCACCGCAGGGCACAGCGGCUUCAUGCACUGUAUGAGCAGGGGCCCCCGAGGCCCCUUGAGGCGGAGGCCCUCAUCGGUAUUCUGGCGGCAGCACUGAAGCCUGCUGCUGCUGCUGCUGCUGCUGCGCUGCAGCUAGCGCUGCAACAGCAGCAGAUCCGGCCCUCCUUCGAGGCGUUUGCAAGUUUGCUGCUGCAGGCGACGGAGACACGCAAGGAGAGACUGUCUCCUCUUUGGGGGCCCCCCGAGGCCCUCUCUAAUCCCUUUCAGGGGCCCCCUCAGCAGGUCACCAGAGGAAGGGCCCCCAGCAGCAAACGGCCACUAGAGAUAAAGGAGACACCUGUCUCUUCAGCUAAAAGACAAGCCCUUCACUGCCCCGGGUAG